GCAAAGGAGAGAGCGGGGGAGAGCGAGUGCUGGUGACUGGAUCGCGUCCAUCCCCACUGCAAGUAUGCAGGCAGAACAUGUCCCCCGGAAAGACACCUUUGAAUGAGACAUGGGAAUCCUUUCAGAGGAGCAUGCGGGGUUCCACCUCCAUCAACCAUCACGGCGCAGGGCUUAUUCUUUUGUUGUAUUUUGCCCGUAUUCUGACGCUCGUCUCGCCUGUGACCCCCUUUAGCCGCCCGUUUUCAUAUACGAUGUGGUAGUGCCCGUCGUACUGGGCGCGUCACUGGUUCUCGUCCUGAUGUGUUUUUUUGCCUUGCAUUUUGUUUUUGUCUUUUUACAUCCCCUGAAGUAGACACUGGCCUACUUCUACAUGAACUGCUGUCAUAGCUUUCAUGACAUAAACCUGAUUAAUCUCUUAAUUCCCAGAGAAAGGCAGCAUACUAACCUUCUGUGAGACCAUCACAGUUGGUCCAUCCUCUCCCCUUAAUCACAUCUCACUACUGCCACAGAAAUGUCCAAACGACAUUUAUUCCCCUCAUCAACGGGCCUCGUCCCCAAAGCCCUCCGUGGCAUAGUCGCUUACAACCCCUCCCUAUCCCUCGACGAGACCAACCGCGUCGUCUUUGACACAACACAUCCUACCUCACAAGUCUCACUCAUCAGCGGCGGCGGCUCAGGACACGAGCCCGCCUGGUCCGGCUAUGUCGGCACCAACAUGCUGGCCGCCUCGGUGGCGGGCGACAUCUUUGCCAGCCCGUCCACCAAGCAGAUCCUCGCGGGAAUCGCCGCCGUCCCGUCCGACAAGGGCUCCAUCCUCGUCAUCACCAACUACACGGGCGACUGUCUGCACUUUGGCCUGGCGGCGGAAAAGGCCGGCCCCAAGUGCAGGGUGCUGAUCUGCGGCGACGACGUCUCGGUCGGACGCAGAGGCAGCCUGGUCGGCCGCCGCGGGCUGGCGGGCCAGAUCGGCGUGCUCAAGGUCAUGGGCGGCGCGGCCGGCCGCGGCGACUCCCUCGACGACGUCUACGACCUCGGCGCCGCCUUUGCCGACCAGAUCGUCUCCAUCGCCGCCACCCUCGACCACUGCCACGUCCCCGGCCGCGCCGAGCACGGCAUGCUGGAUCCGGACGAGGUCGAGAUCGGAACGGGCCCGCACAACGAGCCCGGAUACCGCAAGAUCUCGCCGCAUCCCUCGCCGGAGCAGCUCGUGGCCGAGGUGCUGCGCUACUGCCUCGACGAAAAGGACCCCGAGAGGGCGUACGUCAAGUUCGCGCCGGGCGACGAGACCUUCCUCCUGGUCAGCAACUUUGGCGGCAUGUCGCACCUCGAGAUGGGCGCGCUGGUCGACGAGCUGCUGGAGCAGCUGGCGCGGGACUGGAACCUCCACCCGGCGCGCGUCUACUGCGGCCCGCUCGAGACCUCGCUCAACGCCCCGGCCUUUUCCGUCUCGGUCGUCAACGUGACGGCGGCCGCCGCGGCGUGCAAGUAUAGCGUCGACGACAUCAAGGCCUUUGCCGACGUCAAGACCAGCACGCACUGGGAGUCGUACGCCGGAUCCCAAUCGGCGCGGCGGCCCCGGGCGGAGCAGUUUGUCAAGCCGCCCGCCGAGGCGCAGCGCACCGUCGACCCGGCGCGCGACCUCACGGCGGACGCGGCGACGCUCGAGGCGAUGCUGCGCCGCGCGUGCGAGCAGCUCGCGCGCGCCGAGCCCGACCUCACCAAGUGGGACAUGGUCAUGGGCGACGGCGACUGCGGCGAGACGCUCAAGACGGGCGCGGACCACCUCCUCGCGGCGCUGGACAAGGGGCUGGCGCGCGGCGGGUCCGUCGUCGCCGUCCUGCACGAGCUCGAGGACAUAGUGGAGAGCAAGAUGGGCGGCACGCUGGGCGGCAUCCUGGGCAUCCUGUUUGUGGCGUUCCGCAACGGCGUCGAGCGCCGCGCCGCGGAGGGUGCGGCGGCGGCGCAGGCGGAUCUGGUGGGGAGCCUGGCGGCGGCGCUGCUCGAGGGUCUCGCGUCGCUGGAGCGCUACACGCCGGCCAAGGUUGGUGAUCGCACCGUCAUGGACACGCUCAUCCCGUUUGCGCAGGCGCUGCAGAAGGAUGGGUUCGAGGCGGCGGCCAAGGCGGCCGUCGAGGGCAGCGAGGCUACAAGGGGCAUGAAGCCGAGGUUGGGCAGGGCGACGUACGUCGGGGCUGGUAGCGAAGGCGGCGAGCUGCCUCCUGAUCCUGGAGCGUGGGGUGCCCGGGUUGCUAUUGAGGGGUUAUUUUCAGGGUGGAAAUAGGGGGGGUUUGUUUUACAAUCAAUUUUCUUGUUUACUUGGCGAGUAUGCAGUCAUGUCACUGGCAAAUUAUUGUCCCAUUUUUUUUGAUAGCGUCUCUAGUACAGUUUCC